AUGGAGGCGCUGCCCGGCCAGGACGCCAAGCCCAACCCGCUGAGCGAGGCCAACUUCUGCUCGCGGCUCUUCUUCUGGUGGCUGAAUCCUUUGUUUGUUCUUGGCCAUAAACGGAAACUAGACGAAGAUGACAUGUAUAAAGUGUUGUCCGAAGAUUCCUCGAAGGUGCUUGGGGAAGAGUUGCAAAGGUACUGGGACAACGAGGUGCAAAAAGCGAAAAAGGAAGCAAGAGUCCCGCACUUAACAAAAGCAAUUAUACUUUGUUACUGGAAGUCUUACUUGGCUCUAGGACUUUUUACCUUGAUUGAGGAAACACUCAAAAUAGUUCAGCCAAUAUUUCUGGGGAAUAUUAUUAGCUAUUUUGAAAAGACAGGCUCCCUUGAUGACAACAGCUAUGCUUUGAAAUACGCUUAUGCCUCCGCAGUGGCCCUGUCUGUGUGUACUUUGGUUUUGGCCAUAACACAUCACCUGUAUUUUUAUCAUGUGCAACGUGCUGGCAUGAAGCUGAGGGUGGCCAUGUGCCAUAUGAUUUAUCGGAAGGCACUUCGUCUGAAUAAUGCAGCUAUGACAAAAACAACAACCGGUCAAAUUGUAAAUCUCUUAUCGAACGAUGUGAAUAAGUUUGAUCAGGUGACUAUUUUCUUGCAUUUCUUAUGGGCUGGACCCCUGCAGGCCAUUGCAGUAACAGCCCUUCUUUGGCUUGAGAUUGGCCCAUCUUGCCUGGCUGGGAUGGCAGUUCUUAUUAUUCUGCUUCCUCUGCAAACUUGCUUUGGGAGGCUGUUUUCGUCUCUGAGGAGCAGGACUGCAGCCUUCACAGAUUCAAGAAUCAGGACCAUGAAUGAGGUCAUAACUGGGAUGAGGAUCAUAAAGAUGUAUGCCUGGGAAAAAUCAUUUGCUGAUCUUGUGAAUAGCUUAAGAAGGAAGGAGAUUUCCACGAUUCUUAAGAGUUCUUACCUUCGGGGACUGAACUUGGCCUCUUUCUUUGUUGCCUGCAAAAUAAUUGUGUUUAUGACUUUCAUGACCUAUGUACUACUUGGCAACGUUAUCUCGGCAAGUCGGGUCUUUGUUGCCGUGUCGCUGUACGGUGCGGUGAGUCUGACAGUCACGCUCUUCUUCCCAGCGGCCAUUGAGAAAUCAUCUGAAGCAAUGGUCAGCAUUCGACGAAUCAAGAACUUUUUAAUCCUUGACGAGAUUUCCCAGCUUAACCCGCAGCUCAGAACCAAUGACGAAAAUGCCAUCCUUCAUGUUCAAGAUUUGACCUGUUACUGGGACAAGACUCUGGAAUUGCCGACGCUUCAGAACAUUUCCUUUUCUGUCAGACGAGGAGAAUUACUAGUUGUGGUUGGUCCGGUGGGAGCAGGAAAAUCUUCUGUCUUAAGUGCCAUCCUCGGCGAGCUGGCUGCAAGCAAAGGUUUUGUGGACGUUCGAGGGAAAAUUGCCUACGUUUCUCAGCAGCCUUGGGUGUUCUCUGGUACCGUACGAAAUAACAUCCUAUUUGGGAAAGCGUACGAAAAAGAAAAAUACGAAAAGGUUCUAAGAGCCUGCGCUCUUAAAAAAGAUAUGGAGCUGCUGCCAGAUGGUGACUUGACGGUGAUAGGAGAUCGGGGAGCUACACUGAGUGGAGGGCAGAAAGCCAGAGUUAACCUUGCCAGGGCAGUGUAUCAGGAUGCAGAUAUCUACCUCCUGGAUGACCCAUUGAGUGCAGUGGAUGCCGAAGUCAGCAGGCAUUUGUUUGAAAAGUGUAUUUGUCAGGCCUUGCGUAAAAAGUUGUCUGUUUUAGUGACCCACCAGUUACAAUAUCUCCAGGCUGCAAGCCAGAUCCUCAUUUUAAAGGAGGGCAAGGAGGUGGGACAAGGCACUUACUCGGACUUCCUGAAAUCUGGAAUAGAUUUUGCUUCUCUUCUGAAAAAACCCGAAGAUGAUGAACUGCAACCUGUUCCAGGAACCCCCAGUCACAAGUCACCCAGGCACCGUACAUUUUCACAGUCAUCUAUGUGGUCAAUGGAAUCGUCUGUGCAGUCACAGAAAGAAGGCGCUACAGAACCGCUCUCUAUGGAUCCUGUGCUAACCACAUUGCCAGAAGAAAACCGUUCAGAGGGGAAAAUCAACUUUAAUGUUUAUAAGAAGUAUUUUGCUGCUGGGGCAAGCUACUUUCUAAUUUUAAUACUUUUAUUUCUCAGUGUUUUGGCACAGGUUGCCUAUGUGCUUCAGGAUUGGUGGCUUUCUUACUGGGCAAAUCAACAAGAAAAGCUGAAUGUUACUAUCGAGGGCAAGAUGAAAUUGAAUGAGACAAAAACCCUUGAUCUUAACUGGUAUUUGGGAAUAUACACAGGUUUAACUGUGGCUACAAUAUUGUUCAGCGUAUUGAGGUGUCUGCUCGUAUUUCAAGUUUUGGUUAAUGCCUCUCAGACGUUGCACGACAGAAUGUUCCAGUCCCUUUUGAAAGCGCCUGUGCUGUUUUUUGACAGAAACCCCAUUGGAAGGAUUCUAAAUCGUUUCUCCAAAGAUAUUGGCCACCUGGAUGACUUACUUCCCUUAACAUUUCUGGACUUUAUACAGGUUCUGUUUCAGAUUUGUGGCGUAGUUACAGUGGCUGUUGUCGUGAUUCCAUGGAUUCUCAUCCCUUUAGUCCCACUUUUUAUUCUUUUCAUCUUCCUUCGUCGGUAUUUCUUGGAUACAUCAAGAGAUAUUAAACGCCUAGAAUCCACAACUCGAAGCCCAGUAUUCUCUCACCUGUCGUCAUCUCUCCAGGGACUUUGGACAAUCCGAGCUUUUAAAGCAGAACAAAGAUUCCAAGAGUUGUUUGAUGCUCAUCAAGACCUUCAUACAGAGUCUUGGUUCUUAUUUUUGACUACCUCCAGAUGGUUUGCUGUACGCCUGGAUGCCAUUUGUGCUGUCUUCGUAGUGGUGGUUGCCUUCGGUUGUUUGCUGCUUGCGCAAACUCUAGAUGCCGGUCAAGUUGGCCUAGCUCUGUCCUAUGCAAUCACCCUCAUGGGCAUGUUUCAGUGGGGAGUGCGACAGAGUGCGGAAGUUGAAAACUUGAUGAUUUCGGUAGAAAGGGUACUGGAAUACACCGAUCUUGAGAAGGAAGCGCCUUGGGAAUCCAGCAAGCAUCCUCCUCCGGAGUGGCCGACCGAAGGCGUUAUAGCAUUUGAAAACGUGAACUUCACUUACAGCUUAGAUGGGCCUUUGGUCUUGAGACAUUUAUCUGCUUUAAUCAAGUCAAAAGAGAAGGUUGGAAUUGUGGGAAGAACGGGAGCUGGAAAGAGCUCUCUAAUAGCUGCUCUUUUCCGGUUGGCUGAGCCCCAGGGAAGAAUUUGGAUUGAUAAGUUUUUGACAUCAGAACUGGGACUGCACGACUUGAGGAAGAAAAUUUCAAUCAUACCUCAGGAACCAGUUUUGUUCACUGGAACGAUGAGAAAAAACUUGGAUCCUUUCAGUGAAUAUAGUGAUGAGGAGCUAUGGAAUUCUUUGGAAGAGGUCCAGCUAAAGGAGGCUGUAGAAGAACUGCCCGACAAACUGGAAACGCAACUGGCAGAAUCCGGCUCAAAUUUUAGCGUUGGCCAGAGGCAGCUGGUUUGCCUGGCCAGGGCUAUUCUCAAGAAGAAUAAAAUACUAAUUAUUGAUGAAGCAACAGCAAAUGUGGAUCCAAGAACGGAUGAGCUGAUCCAAAAGACAAUCCGGGAGAAGUUUGCCCAGUGUACCGUGUUGACGAUUGCACAUCGGCUGAAUACUAUCAUCGACAGCGACAAGAUUAUGGUUUUGGAUUCCGGACGGCUAAAAGAAUUUGAUGAGCCCUACAUCUUGCUACAAGAAACGGAGAGCCUGUUUUACAAGAUGGUUCAACAGGUGGGUAAGGCUGAAGCGGCAUCCCUAAUGGAAACAGCAAAACAGGUUUAUUUCAAAAAGAAUUACCCCGAAGUUAUUCCGAAUGGCCAAGCAGUCGCCAGUUCGUCAGUCGAUGUUUCUCCGGGACUGAUUAUUUUUGAAACUGCACUAUGAAACAGCGCUUUUUAAAAAAAGAAGACGAUUGUAAUAGUAAUAUAAUGCAAACCAAUGUUGCUAAUAAUUGAAAAGACUGAUUUUUGUACUCGGUAGAUAAUCAUAUUGGAAAAGAAAUGUUUUUCGUGAGUCUCUCUCCUUUCGUUUGGACGUGUUGUAGCUGAACGUUUUAAAACGCAAUAUAUUUUUACUUAUAACUGCCUGAUCCUGUGGAUUGGCCUCAACAUGCAGUUUCCCCUCCAAAAUCUAAAACCACAUUUUUAUAUUGGGCAAGACAGGGUCAGACAUCCUGAUUGGCCUGGCUUGUUAUCUGUGUGCCUUGAUAUAGGGAAGCUGCAGAUUUACUCUGCAAACGUCUCUUAUUCCAAAUGAAUGUUUCAUACAAUGCAGUUGGUUUAUGUGGGCGGCAGGGAAAUGGUGCUAAACAGCUGUGCUGCAGGUGCCUCCAUCAGCGCUGUAUUGGACCUGGGGUCAGGUUUGGCUAAUGGCACCACGUUGCCUGUUGCAGCAUUCUGACAGAGGGUCCUUUGAACCCAAUCCUGUUGUUCCAAAGGCUGAGGCUGUGAAGAAGGUCCUGCACACCUUGUGACCUGUUUUAUCUCCUUCAGCCUAUUGGCUCUAUAUUGUUGCCUACCUUUUGUGUUUUAACGUACAACCUUGGACUGCAUCGGAGGACGUUCUCAAGGACCUCGUCGGCCGUAAGGCCAAGCUGGUAGAUUUCGUUCUGCUUGGUGGUCUGUAUCUUCUGUAGGCCUGUUGUAAAAAAGUGGUGCAUUUGCAUUCUUUGUUUUACUGUUACGCUUUUGUAGCCAUGUGUUUGGAUCACAGGUACCAGAGUGCCUUGUACUUGGAAAUUUGAAAUCUCUUCUCUCAGGUUAGAAAUUAAAAAUGUAUUUUUUUAACGUUGCAUAUGGGGGCAAGCUGAGGGGUAAAGGAAGCCCAAAUGACUACAUCCUAACCAAUACAUAAAUCCUCAGUGGAAUCACAAUACGUUUAUGGCAGUGUUUUUAAGCAAUUUUAUAAAUCGGCUAGUUCAAGAAAUGAGCAAAAUGACAUCUGUUUAUCUAGAGAGAAAUUCUACAUGUUUGUGCCUUUAAUUUGUGCCUUUAACUUGUUUAAAUUUGGAGAAAGACACAACAUAGGAAUGGUUGAAAGCUCAUAUAUGCAACGUAAUGCCACUGGUGGUCAGGGUAUGGCACCUUUAUUGCCUUUAUUGGUCGAAUCUCCACUUCCAAAGGUGUAAAGCAAGAGAUGCGGAGCUUCACCUGGCAUAUACUCAAAGGUUGAAUGAACCAUUUGUCCAAAUGAUAACUCGGCACUGUGUUUCUGUAACUAAAUGCUUGUUGCAUCAAACACUCGAGCUGUUUCUUUGAAAGUGGCACGGGAUCCAAAUACCCACAGCAUCCUUACACCCUAGGAAAGGAGGAACUAGGGGAGCAGAGCAGAUCUGGUUGACAGAAUCAUACAAGGCAGGGUCUGGAUGGGGCAGAGGGCCUGUACAAUUCCUAAAUGGUUCUCUCCCCUCCUCCCUGGGACGCAUGGUUCUGUCCGGCCUGUGUUAAGCCACUGGAAAAAAAAUAUUCUGUGCCAGUACCAAUGAGGUAUGAAUUGGUUCGUUGUGAUAUCCUGCCAAGUGUUGGAGGCAACAUCACCACAUACAUACUGCAUCUAAUAAUAAAUAUGCAAAAACAAGGGACUAGAAAGAUUACAGAGAAUUGUUUUAGUAAGCAGUUAAAUGUAAACCCUGGUACAUAGGCUUGCACAUAUUCACCCACAGCCACCGUUUUUUUAUUUCCUCUGGCAAGAGUCAGACAUACUGAUUGGGGACACAGUGCCCUAGAUGGGUUGAUAAUGAUGAGGUUAUCACUUUAGCUCUGAUGGGAGCUGUGGGCGUUGCAAAGCGUCGUGGUCAUGGAAAUGCUUGUCUGCGAUUUCCAAAGGUUUUAUCAAUAAUAACAAUUACAGACAUUCUAAGCAAAAGCUCAGUGUCAAAAAAAGCUGGCGUUGAGCAUGCUUCUGUGUUGACUGUUGGACCAGAAAGAAGUCUAUGUAAGAGCAGAUUGUUCUCAUUUUGUGCAGGUGUGGGUAUAUGACUGUUCAUACAUCUUUCUUUUUAGCAUGCAUUGCAUCAGAAUGUGUUGCCAACCUAAACACUCCAAAAUGAAAGUUCUCAGUGCAUUGUAUAUUUGAUCUGUGUGCCUUAUUGCACCGCAAGCCCAAUUUAUUUAAAGAGACUUAGUUUAAGCCCUCACUGUGGUUUUCUUUAUUAAAAGUUGCA